AUGCGUAUAGAGCGUUGUUAUUUCUGUGGUUCCUCGGUAUAUCCGGGAAAAGGAACAACCUUUGUAAGGAACGAUUGCAAGAUAUUCAGAUUCUGCAGAUCAAAGUGUCAUCGGGCCUUUAAGAAGAAGAAGAACCCUAGGAAGGCAAAGUGGACCAAGGCCUUCAGGAAAUCCGCCGGAAAGGAAUUGGCGGUGGAUCCCUCCUUCGAGUUUGAGAAGCGUCGUAAUAUCCCGGUCAAAUAUGACCGAGAACUCUGGAACAACACCAUCACGGCGAUGCAGAGGGUCGAGGUCAUCAAGAACAAGAGGCAGAGUCACUUCAUCUUCCAGAGGAUGAAGCUGGCCAAGAAGAUCCAGAAGGCCAAGGAUAUCAAGGAGGUUGAAAGAGAUCUUGCCCUUAUCAAGAGCCCUGCGGCGGGUCUCAAGCGGGCCAAUAAGGAAUUGGAGGAAGAAGAUAUGGAGUUGGCUGGUGAGAUUGAUUCAAGCAUAAACCUUGUUCCUCAAAAGGUUCGCGCCCGUGAGGAAGCUAAGAUUGAAGAAAUCCACGAGUCUGAUGAAGAAAUGGCGGCAAACUAA